GAGGGUGAAGGGGGGGCGGUACCGCAUGCUCAGUGUCGGCUACUCAGUGCCUUCUGCUGACGCCCAGCGCGUUCACUCUCGUUGCCACGGGACAGGGUCAGAAGCAAAUCUCCGCGUUACUCCUUAAAACCGCUCGCUCGCUCGCUCGCUCGCAAAUGGCUGCACCUCUGAAAGUGUGUGUUAUUGGCUCUGGAAAUUGGGGCUGUGCAGUUGCGAAAAUUAUUGGAAAGAAUGUCCAGACAAUUCCAAAAUUUGCGAGAACAGUCAAUAUGUGGGUCUUUGAAGAGAUGGUUAAUAACAGGAAGUUAACUGAAAUCAUAAACCAAGAACAUGAGAAUGUUAAAUAUCUGCCUGGAUAUAAGCUGCCUGAAAAUGUGGUUGCAAUUCCGGAUCUAAAAGAUGCUGUACGUGGUGCAGAUUUGCUUGUUUUUGUUGUGCCUCACCAAUUUAUCCGCAAAUUAUGUGAUGAAAUUGUUGAUCAAGUACCACAGAACGCUCUUGGUAUAAGCCUUAUCAAGGGAAUUGAUGAAGGGCCUGAAGGAUUAAAACUGAUUUCUGAUAUAAUCAGGGAAAAAAUGAAAAUUGAUGUCAGCGUAUUAAUGGGUGCCAAUAUAGCCAAUGAAGUAGCAGCAGAUAAAUUCUGUGAAACUACAAUAGGCAGCAAGAAUGUGCAGAAUGGAAACAUAUUCAAAGAGCUCUUGCAGACAUCCAAUUUUCGGAUAACCGUGGUGGAUGAUGCGGAGACAGUAGAACUCUGUGGUGCAUUAAAGAACAUUGUCGCAGUUGGUGCUGGUUUCUGUGAUGGGCUACUUAGUGGAGAUAACACAAAAGCUGCUGUGAUUCGCCUGGGUUUGAUGGAGAUGAUUGCAUUUGCCAAAAUCUUUUGCAAAGGAAGCGUUUCUGUUGCAACAUUUCUAGAAAGUUGUGGCGUUGCAGAUGUUAUCACAACCUGCUAUGGAGGGCGAAACCGUAAGAUUGCCGAGGCUUUCGUAAAAACGGGAAAGACCAUUGAACAGCUGGAACAGGAGAUGUUGAACGGCCAGAAGCUCCAAGGACCUCAGACAUCAGCAGAAGUGCACCACAUUCUCAAACAAAGAUCAUUGGUGGAUAAGUUCCCUUUGUUCACAGCCGUGUAUCAAAUUUGCUAUGAAAACAAGCCAGUGGGAGAAUUGAUAGCCUGCCUGCAGAGCCAUCCAGAACACAUAUAAAAUUGCAUUAUGAUGGAUUACUUCUGGUGUUCCUCGUGCAUGGGGCUAAUACGCAAUAUUGACGUGUGGAUCAUUAACUAAUGAGAUUACGCUUGACUAGAUUGCUAUGAAGUAGAUUGUGUGACAUGAGUCGGUCAUAUCAAUGGAGAUUCCAUUAUAUUACCAGUUAAUGUUUGCAAAUUUGUGGUGGACAGAGAUGAAUAUUCGGUCAAAAAAUGCCAUCCUGAACAGCCGACUUAAGAAUUGUUAAUCUGAGUGCCUAUUUAUAAUGGAAACACUGCAGCUGAUGGUUUGCAUGUAUGUUGGCAUGAACUUUGAGCGAACAUUUAUGCAAAACCAAAUUUAGUUAUUGGGUAUUGUCGACUAACAAGUUCAAGCAUCAGAUUGCUCAUGGAAUAUCAGGUAUCACUAACUCUGUCACGACUACAGAAUAGUGUUGAACCUUAAUUUUUUUUAGAAAUAUCAGUUUUAUUAGUUAUUUUUAAUACUAUAAUGUGUGAAACUCCAUACUUUAAAGAGUUCUAUAAUUAUGAGCAUGUUGUUGUUAACUGUACUGAAUUGCACACCCAGCUUAUUGGAGGUUUCAGCCCAAAACAUAAUCACUUUUCCUGGAGAGAUGCAAAUAGACUGUCUCAGAUGGGGCAGUUUUGUUACUUUUAUACUUUUGAUGUUUCAUAUAAUCUUGAAGUGUUACUUCCUAAUGGUAGUUAACUAACCUCUGAUCCAGAGGUCAGGGCUCCAAUCAGCAUUCCAAAAGUUUGUGCACUUAAUAUGAGGAU